AUGUCUACAUAUCAUUCGCUUAAUGAUUAUCCCUUUCUUUUCCAAUUUCCUUUCCUUCCUUCUGUUUUUCUUUUCCUCGCUAACCCCACACCUCCCAUUCAAUAUCCCAACACGAAUUGGAAACCUUUGAUCACAUCCUUAUCAUUGCCCUACCCUCCAACACCGCUCAAAUCUUUUUCCCGCCACUUUUUUUUUUUUUAUAAUUCUAUUAUUUUAUCAUUGCGUCUCACCCUCUCUUUCUCUUCUCGAUUCAUUCAUUUGGUUUAUCUUUUUCCGCUUUCCCUUUUCUUUUGUUCUCUGGUUAAUCGAUUUGCAUGGGUUGAAUUGAUCAAAAAAUCUAUCUAUCUAUCUAUCUGUCUAUCUAUCUAUCUAUCUAUCUAUCAUAAAGACACUUCAAAAUCCAGUCGCUACCGCUGCCAUCUCUCUCAGGAUUAUCACCAACGAGAAAACACGACUGUCGAGGAAAGUGGUUGGGCAUCGUUCGCCAAAGUUAAAAUAGAUGAAAAACAAACAUCUAUCUAUCUAUCUAUCUAUCUAUCUAUCUAUCUAUCUAUCUAUCUAUCUCAGUCUUUUCAAACAUCUAUCUAUCUAUCUAUCUAUCUAUCUAUCUAUCUAUCUAUCUAUCUAUCUAUCUAUCUCAGUCUUUUGAAACAUCUAUCUAUCUAUCUAUCUAUCUGUCUAGAUAUCUUGCUAUCUAUCAAGCUUCUCAGCAAAUUAUCUAUCUAUCUAUCUAUCUAUCUAUCUAUCUAUCUAUCUAUCUAUCUAUCUACAAAAUGCUGA